GCUUGGCCGGCCACUCCCUCCUCCUUUGCCUCAUUUCUUUUCACUUCCCACUCCUUUCUUCACUCCCACACACUCUCCUCCUCCCCUCCCCACGAAAUAUUGCUCCCCCAAGGCUUCAUGGCCGGCCAUGGCCAUGGAAAGAGCUCCAAGAUGAAGUCCCCUCCUCCCUCAAGCUCCUCCUCACCAUGAGAGCCUCCCUCUCCUUCUUCUCCCCAACCCUAGAUGGUUUUCUCUCCUCUUCUUCUUCCUCCCUUGCUAAGAUUGGAUCUUGAUGCAGGUGCAUGUUGGUCCAAGCAUGGAGAAGCUUGAGCUAUCCUCAGAUCUGAAGUUCUUGAGCAAAAUCCAAAUCGAGUGGUUCAAAGUUCUGCAGAUAGGUAUUGAAAAUAUCUACAACUUGGCGUUAGUCUCAUCCUCAAAUUCGUUACGGAUUUUGCAUGAUCAAGAUCUGAUCAGAUCUGACUUUGUCGAAUUAAACCAGGAGCUUGGAGACGAAUUUUUGAAUGAAACCAACUGGGGGAUACUUAGUUGUGCCAUGGUGAUACCUAGAGAGGCAAUUGCUAAGUCGUGGCACUCUCAUACCUUUACUAGAUGCGAACAAUUUCGGAGGAGAAGAAGAAGAAGUGGAAUCGGACAAGGAUUUUAUUUGUACUGUGGGAAUUCUUAUUUGAUGGAGUUGAAGAAGUCCAGGGACGAAUAAGCCAAGGCAAGCCAUCUUUUGAUCUCUGAUCCGGUGUCUAGUUGGAUGUCAUUUGUUGAUGUUCAAAGCACCUUCAUUCUAUGUGUGUUAUUAUCUCUAUUUAUGUCAUCUAUGUGUGUUUGCAAGUGGGGUACUCCCUAGUGGUGAUGCUCCACUAUUUGUCCUUGUGUUAUGGGAUGCAUGGUAGCAUGGCCGUGCUAUCCCACUUGGUUAUCUUGUAUGCUCAACUUGAGCAUGUUCCAUCUCAAGAUAGUAACUUACACCACACCCACCCCAUUUGUAGUAUAGAGGUAUCAUUGUCAUGAUCUUGGUGUAUUCUCAACUUGAGAGGAGUAUGCCGUGUACCAUCUUGGAGAAUAUGUUCGAUAGUGACACUCCACUAUCUAAGUUGUGUAGUUAGCACCACAAAUCUGAGAGUAUAUUCCUCCUUGUGUUGUCAUAAUACAUGCUUAACUUAAGCAAGUAUGAUCCACUCCACUACCCCUUUAUACCUCAUCUAUGGCGGGAUGACUCUCAUCUCGGCCGUAGUGCAAUACUAGUUCAACUCAUGAAACUAUAGGUUGGGAACCCCUCAAGGUUUACCUUGUUGUAAAAGUUUUGAGAAAACCUUGGGUGAGUCGACCUUACCCGAGUGUAUGGUUUAUGAAGAAAAAAAAGAUCUUGUCAAAGAUGAUUGAGAAAAGAAAUGUGGGUGUGACUUGGGUUUUGAGAAAAACGACACAUGGUUCUUUGUAUUCGCCCGGAACAAUUAACCCGCGCAACCACACUACUCCAACGUGGGCACGGGGCUUAGCUUGACGUUUGUUCUUCUUAGCAUGAGGCACCGCACAACUAUACAAGGGUACGGUUACCCCCGAGUCCGGGUUGUCAUGGUUGGGACAAUAGUAUAACGGGAGGCCUUCGGGGCUGACCCGUCCGGAAGACACUAUGGGUCUCCUGGCUUGGCGGUGGAGCCACGCUCAAAGGGAGGUGAGCUACCACGGUGCCGGGGAGGUACAUACUCCAUAGGGUAGGACCUCUUGCUAAGUUGAAUGGGCGAAAGGCUUCGACUGAUUAUCCGAGACUCGCAUACUUUCGUAUGACGAACCGGGGAUGAUCCCGGCGGAUUUAUCAGAUCUUGUGGGGAAAGUGCGCACACUCUGCAGAGUUAAAUCUAUUCGAAUAGCCGUGUCCGCGGUCAUGGACGGUUGGGAUGGCCGUUACCGAGCUGUGUCGAGUUUUGGUUUUGAAAAUGAUUUCCAAAGGAAAUGCGUGUGUUGGAAGUACCGGAAGGGUACGGGAAAGAUGUUGUGCCGACCAUGUGGAGAUGGUUGAGGAAAAUGAAACAAAAAUUGGGUGACCCUUCCUAGUGUUUUCAUGUAGAGGAACUCUUCUUCUAUAAAGAUGUAGAGAUGUCAUAGUUUAGCUUUUGAAGAAUCUUCUUCAAUAAAGAUAUAGAGAUGUCGUAGUCUAUCUUUUGAAGUAUCUUCUUCAAUAAAGAUAUAGAGAUGUCAUAGGACCACCAAAGUGUCCGCAUCACUUGAGAUGCCGGCAUGCUUUAUCCACAAGAGAAACUGAUUCUCUUUCACAUGCUAUAUCCACAAGAGAAACUAUUCUUCCUCUCUUGUCUCUUUUAGUUAGCUCGGUUAGCAUCUUUCUUGAUGGUUUGCGAGUACAAUUCCAAAUGUACUCAUGGCUUUGUCCCUGGCUAUUUACUUGGCCAGACUUGGAGGAACACGAUGGAUGAAGAAGGAGUUGACGACGUCUAUGCGAGCUAGGAACGUCUUCCCAGUCAGUUGCCUGUAGGGUUAAGGCAGAUGACUUGGGCUCUGCGCUGCUGAAGUGAUUCCGCUACUCUGAUGUUUUAGUUAGGCCCUUCGAGGCUAUUAUGUAAAGGUUGGUCAUGUGACCUUAUUGUAAUUUUCUUAUUCCGUUUUGUAAAGGAUGAUGUAAUUUGAUAUCA